UUACUGAUAAGAACAUAAACUAGCCGACUUGGCCGGCUUCUCUGUCAUCCAAUUCUCAAGUUUGCUUCACUGAAGAGGAAACUCAUUCCUCUCUUCCCGUUCAAUUUCUUCUACGAAUCAUUAUCUUUCUUGUUUAUCACUAACCCCAUUUUCUCUUUCUUAAUUAUAUAUAUACACACACUCAACCCUUCUUCACUUGCCCUUCAGAACUACUCUGCAAUUCAGCAUUACCAUAAUAAGAAGCUAUAUUACAGCUUCAAUAAUGGUGGGAUACGAAGAACAUCAUCAUGUUGCGGAAGAUCGUCCCCUUGUUCAACCUGACCCCUUCACGUUGGAGAUUGAUCAUUUGCAAAACCAACUCAAAGAAAAAGUCAGGGAACUAGCAAUUUGUCAGAGUGAAAUCAAGGCCUUGAGGGCAACUGAAGCACUGAGGGAUAAGGCCAUGGAAGAGCUGAGAAAUGAAGUGACUAAACUGGAAGAGAAACUAAGAGUUACAGAGGAUAUUGUUGAACUAAAGAAUCUAGAAAUCAAGAAAUUGAAUGAUGAGAAGAAGGAUGCUUUGUCUGCUCAGUAUGCUGCAGAAACAACUCUUAGAAGAGUACACGCAAAUCAAAAGGAAGAUGAAUGUGCUCCAGUUCAGAUUGUCAUUGCACCUCUUGAGGCAGAGAUCAAAAUGUGUAAGAAUGAGAUUACAGCUCUACAAGAAGACAAGAAAGCUUUGGAACGACUCACAAAGUCAAAAGAAUUGGCAUUGCUUGAAGCAGAGAGGAUUCUGAGUAGUGCAUUAGAGAGGGCUUUAAUAGUUGAGGAAGUUCAAAAUCAGAACUUCGACUUGAAGAGACAGAUUGAGAUUUGUCAGGAAGAGAACAAAAUUUUAGAGAAAACCCAUCGCCAGAAGGUUUUGGAAGUUGAAAAACUUAGCCAAACCAUUGAACAACUUGAAGAGGUCAUCUUGGCUAGUGGAGCCACUGCUAAUGCUGUUCGGGAUUAUCAACGACAGAUUUCUGAGUUGCAGGAAGAGAAGCGAACAUUGGAGAGGGAGCUAGCAAGGAUAAAAGUUUCAGCCAACAGAGUUGCUACUGUUUUAGCUAAUGAGUGGAAGGAUGAAAGUGACAAAGUCAUGCCUGUCAAGCAAUGGAUGGAAGAGAGGAGAAUUAUGCAGGCUGAGAUGAGCAGGAUGAAAGACAAAUUAGCCAUAUCUGAGAGAACAGCAAAGGCAGAGGCACAGUUAAAGGAUAAACUGAAGCUGAGACUAAAGACACUGGAAGAAGGAAUGAAGAAUGUCUCAAGUUACCCAAACACUGCAAUUUCAGGGUCUCCAAAACCAGAAAAGUCUAACAUCUUAGGUUUCCUAACAACUGGUGGUGCACUGAGAAAGAGAUCCACAUCACAACCAAGGGCAUCUUCAAUUGGAAGUUCUCUCUUUCAUCAUCAUCAGCCAAACAUCAAAAUCAACACUGAGACUUGUAAAGCAAGAUAUGGUCCUGCAGAAAAUGUGUUCAUCAAGAAAGGUAUAUGGGCAUCUUCAAGAAGUAAAGUUGCUGACAGUGGUGAGAAGGAAAAUGAGACAGUAAUCCAGGUGCACCACCACACGGACAUAAUGGAUUUGAAUGUUAAUGGCAAUAAUAAUGCUGAUGAAAAGCCCAGCAAAUGCAAGAGAAGUAGUGAAGUUGGAGGGGAUGAUAAUGAUGUGGUCUCAGGCUUUCUAUAUGAUAAGCUUCAGAAAGAGGUCAUCAGCUUGAGAAAGUCUUGUGAAGCUAAAGACAGUAAUUUGCAGGCCAAAGAUGAAGAAAUUAAGAUGCUCAUGAAGAAGGUUGAGGCACUGAGCAAGGCCAUGGAAUUAGAAUGGAAGAAAAUAAAAAGAGAAGCAGCUGCAAGGGAGAAAGAAGCUGCAAUAUCAAAGGCUGAUGAUAACAAGAAACGAAGAAGCUUGAGUUCAUCCAAAAGCAAAGCGAUAAAGGACAGAUGAAUAUUCUGGAUUUGAUUUGGAUUUCUUAAGGAGAUUGAUCUAUCAGCGAUGUUUUCGGGAUUUUAGAUAUACACAUACAGUAUCAAAAUUCAGUGAGGCUAUUUCUUGAAAUAAAGUUCCAUCGAGAUUGGUAAAGGGUAGUUUGGGGAUGUGGCUAUGUACAUACAUAUAAGCGUUGUGUGUUUCUCUCUACAUUUAGAAUAAUCCUUUAGUGCUUGAGUUUUGUCUUGAUGACAACAAUGUAUCUGUAUCUGUAAACAUACUGUAACAUGAAUUAGAGCCAUUUGUUUUAAU